UGAAUUUUGGCGCGUAUGUCGUCGAUGGGUCGGAGCGCGUCGGCGCCGCUGCACACGCGCAGUCGCAGCCGCUACAGCUCUGUAUUGGAGAGUGCACUGGUGGGUCUAGGCCGCGAAGAUGCCGUGGUGCGGUCCACACGCAAACCUCGCAAGAAACGGCGCUAUGACGACAGCCACAGCCCCAUCCGAGGACUCGCACAGUCCUUCAGCGCCCCCGAGCAACGCUCACAGGCCGCAGCAGAGGAAGAAGAGGAUCCAUUCGCGUGUCUGAAGCUGCUUAAGUCACAGAAAAAGAACAAAAAGCGACGAGAAGAGACGAGGAAGAGCGAUGAAAAGGCUGCAUCUCCCGCUGUGACUAGGAGCGCUUCCAAACUCAAAAAGCGGCUUAAGCGACGUCACGCAGGCGUACUGGAAAUAGCAGGACACACGCCUGUAACGAGAUCUAUGGCCAUGAAGAAAGCGAAAAGGAGCAGCUUGGAGAUGAUUGAGGACGUCGAGCAGGAACCGGAAGAUGGGGAUGUCGUUAUCCAGAAGAAAUUAUUGUUCUCGCCUCAGCCACAAAAGAAAGCGAAAAAAGAAAAGCAGACGAAACAGAAGGUUGAAAGUAAGGCGAGUAACGAGAAGGAGGGACGGAAGGUGAGCAGGAAGGCGGUCGUGCUGAAGAACUGGCGGGUUAUGUGGCCACCGAUGCUGGAGCCUGAUAGCGAGAGGAUGGAGGUGAUCGUGAUGGGGCAGGUAGAGAAAGAGUCGGCGCUAUUUGUCGUGGGCAAACGUGAAUCUGCUUCGAAGUUCACGGCCAAGGACGGCACGUACGUGGCGUUGAGUGGGAAACUAGACCGGGACGCUGCUAGGAGCGCAGGCAUUCCACGCGCGGCAAUGAGACUGAUGGAGGACGGCAUUCCGGCGUUCUUUUACAAGCGAUUGCUUCCAUUCGUGCAGAAGUUGCAGAAAACAGAUAAACGCAAGUCGGUAACUGUGCGAAAAUUGCCGGAGAAGAAAGCGAGAGCUGCAGACAAGCUCAGUUCACCAAUGCUGUCGAUUAGUGAAGACGCAGAUCUCACUAUUGAAGAACCCGUCGCAUCUCUUCCAAGUGAAAUCGAUGACCUGUACGAGACACCAAAACCCAAAAAGGCUCAUCCUCCAGCGAAGGAGAAAAAGAAAAAUGCCAAGACGAAUCAACCUGAACCUGAAACAGAGCCGGAUGCUUGGACGAAAGAGCAGUUGGAAGCAUUAACAGAUGCCAAACUGCAGAUACCAACAACUGCUUCGAACUUCUGGGCGCAGGUGGCUCAAUACGUUCCCGGAAAGUCGGCACAAGAUUGUCAAGCGAAAACGUUCGAGCAGUUUAGAUCUCCGCCUACAAAGCGGAAACCAGCGAAGAAACCACUCAAGCGAGCAAAUACAGACACCGCCUCCACUAUACCAACCAAGAUCGCGCGCGCAGGCUCAAACAAAUUUAAGAAGCAAGUACGCGAGUUCGUGGAAGAGUACGAGAAGAAACAUGUCGACGACCUAUUCGAUACGACCCCGUCCAAAGAGGGUUUGCCGGAGCUACCCGAGUUUGACGCGAUCAAGUCACCGGAUCUAGAUACACCAUCACGUAGCCUCGCCGACGAUGACUCUGACAUCGACGAUGAGGCGCCAGGGCUACUCAAGAAACUGAGCUCUCGUCGGCGGGACGAUAUCGAUUCUUACGUGCUGGGCAUCAAUCGCCAGCAUGUUGCAGGUGGUGGAGUAAUGAUUCGAGGCAAGGUGCGCCGCGUGACUUCUACGGUCACUCCAGUAAAGACCCUAUCUGCCAAGAAGAAGGCCGUGAUGCUUGUGGAAGAUGUGGGCUCACAUUCAUUAAAAGGAGUCGUGAGUCCGGGAGGAACAACGCACGUUCGUUUAGAGAAGGACGGCAGUUCCGAAGAAGACGAAGAAGACUAUCACAGCAGUGAAGAAGACGAGGAUUUCGAUAUACUCUGAGCGUGACUUCUGUUAGGACUCGUCGUCAUGACGCAAGAGGAGUGCGUUUAUUUAUUAGGAGGCUGCCAACCUGAAGCCUCCAGUUUUUGUAUCCAACCGACCCGUGAUGCCAAUAACAUCGGUAAGAAAUAAAUACAACAUCUUGUGGAGUGAAGUCUACUCGUGGACGAGCAUUAGCACGCGCCGGAGAUUCUCGGCAAUGUCCGUCGACGAACCUUCAACUGAUCCCAGCAGGAGACAAGCGGUGAGUAUUUGGUCAACACGAGCACAUUUUCAACUAAUAACGCACCAGAAUUCUGCGAGUCUAGCACUUGCUUCAAGCCUCGUAACGUCGUCGGUUUUGACAGCAGUAAUGCACGCGCUUUCUGGUUGUCGUACACAAGCGACCAGAGAGCCACUGACAUGCACUCCAGAGAGAUCACGUCCUCUUGUGUUGAGUCACUUACGCGUACACAGAACGCAACCAGUUCAUCCAG